AUGGCGCUACCUGUUGACGAUACCGCUGAUACGCCUGUGUCCCUGUCACAGCCAGCACCUGCCGGCCCCAUCCCUACUACAGCCUGGCAUGCAUACUUCUCAUACGGCAUAGGACAUCUAGACUACAGUGGCCUUCUAGAGCAGCGAAAUCCGUGCAUCAGAUCACUUCGACAUCAGCGGACUGUUAAGAACAAGUUCUUCUUACAGGCUCCUGCAGCCGGGGGAAUGCCGCAAUUGAGCUCCAACUAUGAGAUCACAGAAAGCGCAACAUUUCCGUAUCCAAAGGCUUAUCAAGAAGUGAUGUUUCCACUGAACCCGAUCCCGCGACGUGAUGAGGAGCAUGGAGCUGCAGAUGGUGAAACCUCACCUACGCAGCAUGAUCCAAGACAGGCGCAGGCGGAAAGGAUCGAGUGGAAGACGAGCAUUUCAACGCCUGUUUUCGGUGUCACACGCACCUCAGCUAUUGAGUUUGAGUCACGGAUCCAACCAACAUACAUCGUGUUAGGUUUCUUCCUCCGCGGCUAUCCUAAUCCGAAAGAAAGAGUUGUCUUCGUCGAUAAGCCUGACCAACUUUUCUCCAAGCUUCGCUGGGCGACAUUCCGACUACGUGGAAUGAGAGGGACUCUUCUCUCACUAAAACAUCUAAAAGGUUUCAGACUUUACAAGUGCGAUGCAGACACUGGAACACAUAAACGCAUCAACCUAGAUGAUAACGGUGUUGGCGACUUGCAGCUAUUAAUGACUACCUACAGAAAAUGGCAUGUUCCUCGACAUAUCUCCUUAGCUUGGUCAGACUGGAUCCAUUGCACCCUCAAUAACAAGAGACUUGAUGUACUCGAAGGCGAAUAUGGUCUUGAGCUGGUUCUAGACUGGUCAGUUACACGCAUCUCGAUCGUAGUACUCGUUCCAGUCUUGCUAAGCUUGGCCAUUGGUAUUUGGCUCAACUCAAAGGCGUGGACAGACUUGGCUACCAUACAGACUGCGUGGGGAACAGCUUCGUAUAUCGUCACUGCUGGCGCUUUGCUUGCAGCAAUGUUGGGCUUUUUAGACAUUGCGGAUAAAUAG